UACUAUCUCUCUCCUUUUCUCUCUUCAUCACAUUGAAACCCCACUUUCUUUUUCUUAACUUUCUCUGUUUGUUUCCCCAGAAAAUCCUCCAUUUUCUCUCUCUCUCCCACUCCUCAUCCGUACAAAUAAAUACUAAUAUAAUUAUCAAUUAUCAUCAAUAAAAAUAAAAUUAUUCAUCUUGAAGAAUGGUCCUGUGUUGUUAUUCGUCAUGAGACUGAGAUUGAGAUCUACUUCGCAGUAGUGAAACCAGAGAAGGAGAAGGGGUUGGAGUAGUUUGAUGGGGAAGUGAUUGGUUUUGUCAGGGGAUCCUUUAUUGGGCUAUGAUUGAGAAUCGCCAUAGCUCUUUGCGAGGUUUGACUUCGGUUCGAUUGGUUUUCAGUCAUGUUGAGGAGAUGAAUGAAAGAGUUACCAAGUUGGGGUGCUGUAAAAAAGAUUUUGUGAUGUUAGAGUUUGACUCGAUUGAGAACAUCAGAGUUACAGCUAAUGGGUUAUAUUAUAGGUUGGCUGCUGGUAUAGGGAUGUGCUAUUUGUAAUAUUGUUUGCAAAUUGCAAGUCCUUUUAUCAGUUGGCUAGUGAUAGUAUAAAUUUGAAGCUGAUAAUAUAUCUUCUAUUGACAUGUAAUAAAUAUAUAGAAUCUUUUGAUAGAAAUAUAGUCAAAACACAGUUAUACAAUUGUACAUGGGUCAUUGAGAGAUUUUGCUACUUCAAAGUGUUUUCCUGAGAAUUGUAGUUUGCUGGUUGCCUUAGUGUUGGUGGUGCGGUAUAUUUUUUUAGAAUAAAAUGGAAGCAGAGACAUUGAGUACUAACCUCAAGAGUAAAUUGGAAGCAGAGACAUCAAAUCAUGACUGCCCACCUGGCUUUGUUCGCCGAUCACUUCCUAGUUUUGUACCUAUGCUUUUGAUUUCAUUAGGAUAUGUUGACCCUGGAAAAUGGGUGGCAUCUGUCGAAGGUGGUGCAAGGUUUGGUUUUGAUCUGAUGGCUUUCACACUUAUUUUCAAUUUUGCUGCUAUCUUCUGCCAGUACAUAUCAGCAAGGAUUGGUGUAAUCACAGAAAGAGAUCUUGCUCAGAUUUGCAGUGAUGAGUAUGAUACGUGGACUUGCAUGCUCCUUGGAAUUCAAGCAGAGCUUUCAGUGAUUAUGCUAGACCUUAACAUGAUUUUGGGCAUGGCACAGGGAUUAAAUCUUAUUUUUGGAUGGGACUUGCUCGCUUGUGUCUUUUUAACUGCUACUGGUGCUAUUUUUCAUAUAGUUCUUGCUGUCUUCCUUGACAUUGAGAAGACAAAAAUCCUUGGCCAGUUUGUGGCAGGCUUUGUAUUGCUUUCUUUUAUAGUUGGACUACUCAUCAAUCAACCGGAAAUUCCACUUUCCAUGAAUGGAAUACUAAUAAAGUUGAAUGGGGAGAGUGCAUUUGUGCUAAUGAGUCUUCUAGGAGCAACUCUUGUGCCUCACAACUUCUACCUUCAUUCAUCUAUUGUACAGUGGCAUCAGGAUCCGACAAGUAUUUCUAAAGAUGCAUUGUGUCAUAAUCAUUUUUUGACCAUUUUAUGUGUCUUCAGUGGUCUUUAUCUGGUAAAUAAUAUGCUGAUGACGGCAUCAGCAAAUGAGUUCUACAGUAUGGGCCCGGUUUUACUUACUUUUCAAGAUGCAUUAUCACCUCUGGAACAGGUGUUGCGGAGCCCAAUAGUUCUGCUUGGGUUUGUACUCAUUUUGUUUCUUGCAAAUCAAACCACGGCAUUAACUUGGAGUUUAGGUGGAGAAGCUGUAGUGCACGGUUUCUUAAAACUGGAUAUUCCAGGUUGGCUUCAUUAUGCGACAAUUAGAGUAAUUGCUGUUGUGCCUGCCCUUUAUUGUGUUUGGAGCUCAGGAGCUGAAGGGAUGUAUCAGCUACUUAUAUUCACUCAAGUUUUGGUAGCUCUGCAACUUCCAUCUUCUGUGAUCCCCCUUUUUCGAGUUGCUAUGUCUAGAUCAAUAAUGGGUCCAAACAAGGUCUCUCAGUCUGUGGAACUUCUGGCAUUGAUCAUAUUCAUCGGGAUGCUUGGCUUGAAUAUUGUCUUUGUGAUAGAAAUGAUAUUUGGCAAUAGUGAUUGGGUGGGUGAUUUGAGAUGGAAUGCGGGGAAUGGUGUGUCUGUCUCAUAUUUAGUUCUUCUUACCACUGCAUUUACAUCAUUAUGUUCGAUGCUUUGGUUGGCUGUCACGCCUUUAAAAUCUGCCAAUGUCCAAUCUGCUCAGGCCUGGAACAGGGAUAUGCCAGAGAUUGUACCAAAUCCGUCAGUUGAUGGUGAGGAAUCAUAUUUAACUGAAACAAGGUGUCAUGAAGAUGCAUCUGUUGAGGUUGAGGAACCAGCACCAGCUCUAGCAACUACCUUGGAAUACUCGGAUGUAUCACUUAGAAGUUUUCAUCCUGAUCUACCUGAAACCAUAAUGGAACCAGAUCCCCAUGCGAACGCUGUGAGGGAGAAUCAUGCUAUUACAUCAUCAGCUUCCACAUCAGAGUUGUCUGAGGCAGUUUCAACUGUAUUUAAUGAUAUUUCUGAUUCUACAGUUGAAGAUAUUUCUGAUUCUACAGUAGCAGAUUCCAAGAUGAUAAAAAUGGAAACAGGGGCCCCCGUUGAGAAGACUCUGGAAGUUGAAGCAGAUGCAAAUGCUGAAAGGGAUGCUGAUGAUGGAGACUCGUGGGAAACUGAAGAAUCAUCCAGAGUGGUCUCAGAAAGUUCCCCAUCUUUAACAUCAGAUGGCCCUGCAUCAUUCAGGAGCAUUAGUGGGAAAGGUGAUGAAGGCGGGAAUAGCUUUGGAAGUCUUUCAAGAAUAGAAGGCUUAGGGCGUGCAGCAAGACGUCAGUUAGCUGCUGUUCUUGAUGAAUUCUGGGGGAAGCUUUAUGAUUUCCAUGGACUAGCAACCCAUGAAGCAAGGGCUAAGAAAAUUGAUGAUUUGCUAGGACUGGGAGCAGAUUCAAGACCCACCAGUUCCUUCCAGAGAGUGGAUGCAUGCGGAAAGGACUAUUCUGAAUACUCACUAUCUGUAGGAGGUAGAACUUCCGACACUCCAAUGAACGCUAGUUCAUUUGACUCUUCCAAGCAGCCUAGGAUGCAAAGUAAUUCAGAGUCUCCGUAUGGUCUUCAAAGAAGUUCUUCCUCUAGCAUGGCAAAUCCCAUCCAGUUAUUGGAUGCAUAUGUACAGAGAAAUGUCCUUGAUUCUGGUGAGCGGCGCUAUUCCAGUGUGCGCAAUCUACAUUCAUCUCAAGCUUGGGACUAUCAGCCGGCUACCAUACAUGGUUAUGAGACUGCAUCCUAUCUUAGCCGGGGUGGUAAUGACAGAAAUUCUGAUAACGUAAGUGCUCCAAUGCAAUUAUCAUCACUGAAAACCCCUUCCGUAGGUAAUACAAACUACAGGGAUUCACUUGCAUUUGCUUUAGGGAAAAAGUUGCAUAAUGGUUCAGGUCUUGGCCAACCACCAGGGUUUGAAAAUGUCUCUAGAAAUAGCCAAUUGCAAUCUGAGAGGUCCCAAUAUGAUUUUUGCUCUUCUGGACCUGCAGAUAAUACUGUCAGUUCAGUUAAUACCAAGAAGUACCACAGCUUACCAGACAUUUCAGGAUACUCCAUCCCCCACCGGGCUGGUUAUGUAUCUAAUAAGAAUGCUCCACAGGAUGGUUCUCUUGGCUAUGGAUCUUUUGCUAGUAAGACAUGUUAUGAACCAUCAUUAUAUUCAAAUUCUGGAUCAAGAACAGGAGCUCAUUUGGUCUUUGAUGAACUCUCUCAAACAAAACUUUACAGAGAGACACUCUCUUCACAGUUGAAUUCUGGUUUCAAUAGUGGAUCCCUUUGGUCUAGACAGCCUUAUGAGCAGUUUGGUCUAGCUAAUAAAAUUCAUAAUGUUCCAACGGAAGGUGUGGGAAGUAGACCUAAUGCAAGUGUUCAAGAAACUACUUUGUCUGUGGAUAUAGAGGGGAAACUUCUUCAGGCCGUUAGACUUUGCAUUAUGAAGCUCUUAAAACUGGAGGGCUCUGAUUGGCUGUUUAGACAUAAUGAUGGAACUGAUGAGGAGCUGAUUGAUCGUGUAGCUGCAAGGGAGAAAUUUGUAUAUGAAAUAGAAACUAGGGAGAUGAAUCACAUGGCAGGUGAAUCCCGAUUUCCUUCUUCUGAUAGGAAAUCUGGUUCUUUUGUGAAGAAUACUGAAGCAAAUUCCUCCAGUUUUUCAGUGUCCUCAGUUCCUAACUGUGGGGAUGGUUGUGUAUGGAGAGCAGGCUUAGUAAUAAGCUUUGGGGUGUGGUGUAUCCACCGUAUUCUUGACCUCUCACUUAUGGAAAGCCGGCCAGAGCUUUGGGGAAAAUACACCUAUGUGCUCAAUCGCCUCCAGGGCAUAAUUGAUCCAGCAUUUUCUAAACCUCGGAGUCCCUUGUCACCAUGCUUUUGCCUCCAAGUACCCACGACUUAUCUGCAACAAAAGUCAAGCCCCCAUCUUUCUCUACCCCCAACUGCGAAACCAGGCCGGGGCAAAUGCACCACUCCAUCAACAUUGCUUGAACUGAUCAAAGAUGUGGAGGUUGCUAUCUCUAGCAGGAAAGGACGUACAGGUACUGCAGCUGGUGAUGUAGCAUUCCCAAAAGGGAAGGAAAAUCUGGCUUCUGUGCUCAAACGAUACAAGCGAAGAUUAUCCAGCAUUAACAAGCCCGCUGGUGAAGGGUCUGGUUUACGCAAGAUGACCUCAGCAUCAUCAUACAGCUAGUAGCAUCUUGCAUUAUCAAAACCAGGUUUUCAAUCCUUGAGCUGUUUUGUUAUUUGUAUUGUGAAGCAGCUCAUGCUCUAGAUCAAGGUUUGAUCUGCUUCCGUGUAUCAAUUUCCUUGCAGCAGAUUUUAUCCUUGUAUGUUAACAUUAUACAUACACAUAGGGCAAGAAUUAUAUGCAAUUGCGGCAAAAAUGAAAGCAAGAAAUGGUUAGAUGAAAAGUUAGUUCUUGUUUGUUUUUCAUUACCUAGCUAGUGGAUAGAAGUUUUGACA